CACUACUCACUUCUAGGUCUUUGAGUUAUCUGCAUGCUGAUGACCACCCUGUCUUUUUUUUUUUUUUUUUAAUUUUAUUUAUUUAUUUAUUUUUGUCUGCAUUGGGUCUUCUUUGCUACGUGCGGGCUUUCUCUAGUUGUGGCGAGCAGGGGCUACUCUUGGUUACGGUGCACAGGCUUCUCAUUGCGGUGGCUUCUCUCCUUGCGGAGCACGGGCUCUGGGUGCGCGGGCUUCAGUAGUUGUGGCACACGGGCUUAGUUGCUCCACGGCAUGUGGGAUCUUCCCGCACCAGGGCUCGAACCCGUGUCCCCUGCAUUGGCAGGCGGCUUCUUAACCACUGCACCACCAGCGAAGCCCAACCACCCUGUCUUUUAUCUUCCAGGGCACCAUGGACCCCAGGGGGCCAGCCCUCAAGCCUUUCCAGCAGCCUGAGAAACCUGGUCGUGUCCGCCGUCGGAAGACCAGGCGGGAGCGUAACGAGGCCCUGGUGGGCAGUCGCCGGUCAUUGGCCCAUCAGGAUCCUGCCGUGGCCAGUCGGGAUCCACAUGUGGUUCUCCGGAAUUCUGUGGCGCCUGCUGCCCCCAAGCUCGUGGUCAUAACCCAGGGGCGCCUGAGCCGGGAGCACCGGGGUCUCUUCAGCCACGAGGUGAAAUCUCUGGACGUGGCACGGCUGCUUAGCAGUGGGUCCCUAGAGUCAGGCACCCCUGUACUCCCCACCAAGUCCUCCCCAAGCCCAGGCAGGGCCCAAGAACCAGCCCCACCGUCAAGGGGCAAGGAAAACCAAGUGCCUGGAGCCUCGGGCCCAGGCCCACCCAGUCCCCGCCAGCUCCCUGGCUUGGGGCAGCUGCUGGGGGAGCUGCAAUGCCAGCUGAUUCUGCCACAGGCCUUCCCCAGGAGGAACCUAGUACAAGAGGCCAGGGAUGCCAUCGUGGGCACCUUACAGGCCUGCCAUGGCUGUGUGCCUGACCUUAGUCUGGUGCUCCGGGGCUGCCAGCCACACUUGCCAGGGACCAAGCCUAGGGGCCCUGAGAGACAAAGGAUGACAUCCUCCUGGAUCAACAGCCCUGAGGAGGCCCCAGGGGAGGGGAGGCAGAGGAGGCGAGAGGGGACAAAGGAGCUCACCUUCGCCGUGCCUCACACCUCCGGCACUCCUACUGUGUACCCGGUGAACCUGGCACCACCUAAAGGUCCCUGGCCACCCGCAUUGUCCUCGUUGCCUUCGCCAUCUGGGGCGGCCUGCGGCCCCCCAACAGCCUUUGAUCUGCUGAAAAGCAUCUGGCUGGUAGACACACCUCCCCCUCCCCGGCCCUGGGGGAUUGGCCCGCCACAACCCCUGCCUCAGCCACCAUCACCCUUGUUGUCCCGAACCUCUGCCCUGGACUGGAGCCCCAGCCCCCCUGCCCCACUGCCCAGCCUCUCCUGGGUGGUGGCCCGGAGCAGCCCAGAGGCCUGGUGCUUUCCACCCAUGAGGCUGUACUGAGCAGGCUGAGGCUGGGUUGGGGGAAGGAAUCCCAUAC